AUGCUGUACCUCGUAGGACUCGGGCUCGCUGACGAGAAGGACAUCACUGUCCGCGGUCUUGAGAUUGUCAAGAAGGCUGAGCGUGUGUAUCUUGAAGCCUACACGGCGGUGCUGCUGGUGGACAAGGAAGUGCUUGAGUCGUUCUAUGGCCGCUCAGUAAUAAUUGCCGACCGCGAGAUGGUCGAGUCAUCCAGCGACGACAUCCUCGCCGACGCUGACAAAGUCGACGUCGCAUUCCUCGUCGUGGGAGAUCCAUUCGGAGCAACAACGCACACCGACCUCGUCCUGCGCGCCCGCGAACUCUCCAUCCCCACGCGCUCCGUCCCCAACGCCUCGAUCCUGACCUCGAUCGGCACGACGGGGCUGCAGCUGUACAACUUCGGGCAGACCGUGUCAAUGGUGUUCUUCCUGGACAACUGGAAGCCGGCGUCGUUCUACGACCGCAUUGCGGAGAACGUGCGCAUCGGGCUGCACACGCUGGUGCUGCUGGACAUCAAAGUCAAGGAGCAGAGUCUGGAGAACAUGGCGCGCGGCCGCAAGAUCUACGAGCCGCCGCGCUACAUGACGGUUGCGCAGUGCGCGCAGCAGAUGCUGGAAAUCGAGGAGGAUGUAAAGCAGGAGGGUGUUUAUGGCCGCGAGUCGCUGGCGGUGGGUGUUGCGCGGGUUGGCGCUGAGGAUGAGAAGAUUGUUGCUGGCACGCUCGGUGAGCUCUGCGAUGCUGAUCUGGGUAAGCCACUGCACAGUCUGGUCUUGCUUGGAAGGAGGACGCACGAUCUGGAGAGAGACUUUUUGUUAGAGUUUGCCGUGAACAAGGAGACGUUCAAGGCCGUGUGGGCUAAGGACUAUGAGGGCAAGCAGUGA